AUGGCUGCCGCCCUCAUCAAGUACAACCGAGGAAGGGAUAGGCAUUCUCUGAAGCUGCGGUAUGACAAGGAGGAAUUAGCAGAGGAGAAGGAAGGGGAAGCAGAGGGGGAGGAAGAGGAGGGGGACGGGGAGGAGGAGGAGGAGGAGGAGGAGAAGGGGCCUGGCGGUGGAGGGGCUAGCGCGGAGGCGGGGGUGGUAGACGUGGACAUGAGCGACGGGCAAUAGACGACAUGAGAGAUGAAACACGAAAGAGUAGGCUUCGGAGGCGUAUGGUAUGAAAUAGUACUCUUUUUCUCAAUGAUGACUAGUGAUAAACCGGUGCAUUACUGCGACUAGACACAGAGUUAUUUACUUCCAAAGAACACAGAUAAAUGGACGAGCCCCGAUCCAUCUUGCGCAACAAGCAUAGGAUGCACGAGAGGGUGUUAAAAGGGUACCUGUACGGGCUAG